CCAGCAGCAUACAGCAGACUUCAGACCAGCAGCCACAGUCUGUCUUCACGAACCAAACAUGCCGAUCACUCAGAUUGACGUUUCCCUGAAUGAAAUUGAAGAGAGUCAGCUCCGUGCAAAUGGCUUCAGAAAGGAUGAAGUCAACCUGAACAAAGGAGCAGGAGGCAACAAAGUCCACCUCUGGUACAAAGAUGAGUGUGAAGGCCAGGCUCUCACCAGGAUUCAGUUUUCUUACACUGAUGACAUGGCAAAGGGCCUUUCUGAUGCAGGGUACCGCAAGGUCAACAAGAACCUCAACGCUGGAACAAGCGGAGCCAACGUCUUCCUGUGGUACUACAAGGGUGACACAGAUGCUGAUGUUGCCAUCAAAGACCUUUACGUCUCCACAGACGCCGCCGACGAAGCCCAGAGGGUUCGAUUCGGCUGGGAGAGGCUGACCUGUGAUCUGAACCAUCACGCUGGAGGAAACUGGGUCUACCUGUGGGUGGAGAGAGAAGUCCCAGUCUACAUCAGGGACGUCACUGCCACCUCCACCUGGAAGAGUGACGUUGACCUCUUUCAGAGAGGUUACACCAGGAUGGACGACAACACCAACAAGUUUGUGAACGGGGACCGGGUCUACAUCUGGUACCUCAAGACCACCGACCAGCAGGAAGCCAUCAAGGAUCUGCAGGUCUCCACCAGUGAUGACGAGUACAACAACAUCCAACAACAAGGACACGACGUGGUCAACAUGGAUCUGAACAAGGGGACCGGAAGAAACCAGGUGUUCCUGUGGUACAAGAAGGAUGGGAAUCGCCCCGUAAAAGGCAUGGGGCUGAUCACUCAGCGAGCCGUCAAGCAGUACAAGGAGGUCGGGGCCCGCAUCAAGGAGACCACUCAAGCCAGCAGCCCGUGUGGAAGUUUCACCUUGUACCUGUAUUUCCACCACUGA